AUUGAAUUGACAGAGGACACUUUUUGAUCGCGUGAAUUGUUCGCGAUCCAACACAACAGCAACUGAGCAUCCUCUCCUUGACGACGGAAUUCCACGAGCCUCCCCUAGUCACAUCCUUGCAUCCUCUACAUUCCCACCGGAUACACGACAUAAUGCGGUUAAGGGUGCUCGCGGCUUUCGCUGGCCUAAUAGGGGCUUCCUUUGCACACAACAUCCAGCUGAGAGCGCACACAAGAGAAUGCUUCCACGAGGAAUUACACAAAGAUGAUAAAAUGACCGUGACGUUCCAAGUUGGCGAUCGUGAGUUUGGAGGCUCAGGAAAUCUGGACAUCGACUUCUACAUCACCGACCCGGUUGGCAACUACGAAACACAAAUGAACACCGUCUCGUCGGGUGACUACUCCUUCGAAGCCCGCAUGGACGGCCAAUACAUCUAUUGUUUCAGCAACGAGCACUGGUCGGCCAACAGCAAGGAAGUCUCAUUCAACGUCCACGGCAUCGUCUACGUACCCGAAUCAGAAGCUCCCCAAGAUCCGUUGGAGAAAGAAGUCCGCCAGCUCUCCGAACUCCUCGAUCAAGUCAAAGACGAACAAGCCUACAUCGUCGUCCGAGAACGCACACACAGAAACACAGCAGAAAGCACAAAUUCACGAGUCAAGUGGUGGUCGAUAUUCCAGUUGGGUGUGUUGAUAGGAGAGGGAGUCUUUCAAGUCUGGUGGUUGAAGCGUUUCUUCGAGGUGAACAGUCGUCCUCUUCCAUAAUUUCUUUACUCUGCCCAAAUCAUCCGAGAAUAUUUUGUGUACGAUAUCAUGCCGGAUUAGUUCGACUUUUGGCUGACCAUUCUGUCUGCGACAGGUCAAGCGAGUUGUAUAAUAGCUACGAGUACGAGAUGCUCUCUCAGGGGAGUCCCAAAACAAAAGUCGUUGUAUACGGAAUAUGACAAUAUCAAAUCCCGAGCGUCCUGCUGAGCCCAUGCAAUGAACACAAUCCCUCCGACGUCCCUAGCCAUCGGAAAUGAGACCCUUGAUCUACAAAGUGCACUGUCCUCAUCGAGCCAAACAUUGCCCCUUGCAGAGAGCUGCCUGGAGGAUAGGAGAUGGACGUUGAGGCAAAUAAAUACACAGUCGAUACACCUCGGUCAUGCAUGCUUCGCAGCAAAAAAUGAGCAUACCAGAGAAGGCGUACACGAUGAUGGCGUUGGUCGGCGUCACAAGAGCCAGUGCAGGUCAGGCAGACGCAACGAUGAACGAAAUAAAUUCCUCUAUGUGCGUAUUCUUUGCAGAGUGUAUACAUCUCGGGAGUCUAAUCCUUGUUGCCGGCCGAGGAAGAACACAAAACGUAUUUCAAAAGCCGAAG